GGGUGGGUGGCGCCGGCAGCGCUUUGCCGGGAGCGCAAACUCUGAGGAAAACAGACCUUAAUCUGCGUUGGCUCUGCUAGCCAACAUGAGUGGCCUGGAGGGGGUCGAGAGGACACCUUUUCCCGAAUCCCGCGGCCUCGUCACUCCAGACCGCGUCCAAACAGAGGUGGCACAGAUGAUGGCGGAGUCGGGUGAGGGAUGCUUGGAGACCGUUGCGCUCCCUCCCCGGCUUUCGGAGGAGGCGGGUGUACGGCGGGGUCCCCCGGACUGUGGUCAUCUCCGCCAGAUCCCAGCGACCGCAACUCUGCAGGAGGCGACCCCGCCCCCCACCGAGGGCCCUGGAGCAGCUUCUGUGUCUGCGGCAGCGGACAUCAGCCCGAAAAACGGCUUUCGGGCUGGGGAGGAGGCCCUGGAAACCCGUGGUGCCGAGAGGCCGGGGUCUCAGGUUCCGGUCGAGGAGGUGAAGGCUGAAAAGUGCGCCAUCUUCUCUGUGGCAGUGGAGGAAGAGAGGCCCGAGGUGCAGGAGACGAUAGAGGGGGAGCUCAGGGCGGCAGGUGAAGCAAUGCAGGUGGUGGAGGAAAGGAGAGCAGUGGAGGAGGUGGAGGACGCAGGGCCCUGGGCCCUGAACGUGGACCUCCGCAUGAACCCUCUGGAGGCCAUCCAGCUGGAGCUGGACACUGUGAAUGCUCAGGCCGACAGGGCCUUCCAACAGCUGGAGCAGAAGUUUGGGCGAAUGCGUCGGCACUACCUGGAGCGGAGGAACUACAUCAUCCAGAAUAUCCCGGGAUUCUGGAUGACUGCCUUUCGGAACCACCCCCAGUUGUCCGCCAUGAUCAGGGGCCAGGAUGCAGAGAUGUUGAGGUACAUAACCAAUUUGGAGGUGAAAGAACUGAGACACCCUAGAACUGGCUGCAAGUUCAAGUUCUUCUUUCGAAGAAACCCGUUCUUCAGAAACAAGAUGAUUGUCAAGGAAUAUGAGGUCAGAUCCUCCGGCCGAGUGGUGUCUCUUUCCACCCCAAUCAUAUGGCGCCGGGGACACGAACCCCAGUCCUUCAUUCGCAGAAAUCAAGACCUCAUCUGCAGCUUCUUUACUUGGUUUGCAGACCACAGCCUUCCAGAGUCUGACAGAAUUGCCGAGAUUAUCAAAGAGGACCUGUGGCCAAAUCCACUGCAGUACUACCUGUUACAUGAAGGAAUCCGUAGACCCAGACGUCGUCCUAUAAGGGAGCCUGUGGAGAUCCCUAGGCCCUUUGGGUUCCAGUCUGGUUAACCUUGGCCAGACUGGAAUACUGAGAUACGGCUGCACAAGGCCCCUUCCCACCUACUACUGAACCAGUGCUCGAGCAAGGACAAUGGGUAUGCUUCCAAACCCCUCCCCACCCCUCCUGGCUUUUCUGCACUCUCUUCUCUGGAUAGUCAGUUCUCGCAACCUCAAGACUGAGACUGUUGACAUCCUUCUCCACUUCACAUGGCCUCCACGCUGUUCUGUAGUAAUGUCACAUGCUGUGACCGUGUUUCACAACACUUCUAAGCAAAGCAAAUGAUGCUGUGGAUUGUACUGUCUUUACACUGCUUGGAUCCUGUUUUCCUCAGCCUUUGGAUUUGUUUACUAACACCUGGAUUUCUGGCUUUGUCUAGGAGUGCAUUGUACUCAUCCUGUUCUGCAUGGGGCAGUGUACAGGCAGGAGGUCUGUGGACACUUACUAAGCAUUAGUGAUGUCAAGGGAAUACAGCAGUGGGCCAGUUUUUCUGUGUAAUUUAUGCUACUCCAUUACUCUUCUGCACCACUGGUUAUUUUAAUGUUGACUGCUGUUUGCUGUGCCAACCUCCCCUGAGCAUUGCCAAGGUCCCUUUCUCCCACUCUUCCCCCUUCUAUUUUUUAAAGAAAAAAAAAAAGUUCAGAAACAUGCAAAAGCAGGCUUUGAGCUUAUUUUGGCUCUUAACAGUGCAGAUUUUGAUGCUUUCUCUUUAUGUAUGACCUGAUGUGAAAGAUUAAUAUUGUGCCCUUAUUAUUUCUCCAGAAUUUAGUAAAAUAUUGUUGUUUUCUAUUUCUUUUUACUGGAAACAUUUAGCUGUUUGCUUUCAUUUAGGAACAUUUGGAGUAACAGUCUUUCCUGUACAGUAUUGAAACUUAAGUGAGUAUUCCUAACAGUUUUCAACUUGUUCUUAUUUCUGUUAAACUGUAUUCUUAGAAAUAUAGUUUGGAUGACUUGGUCUUUAUCAGACGUGUAAAAUUAUUUUCUUUGUGGAAAAAUAAUUACAAAAAAGUGUGGCUUGAUUGCUUUGAUAAUUUGCUCUGGUAACAACUUAGAAAUUGAUGUGUCUCUUCCUAAAUUGCAUAAAUGCUUGUGGUAUUACUCUGUGAAAUUAGAAGUGUACCAUUGGCAUAUUUGUCUUCCUUUAUAUGCAUCAUGGUAAAAUAAAAGUAU